AAUAAAAUGAAUGAAUGUUUCUCAGUUUGAACUUUAACAAUUUUUUAUUGACCAUGUCUAAAUGCCUAAAUGCACCAUUAGAUUUUACUGAUUAAAUAUCUGCAUCCAACUGAACACUGAAUAGACGAGUGUAUUUUUUUAGCUGCUAGAAUUUAGAACAUAUAUUUAAAGUAAUAAAUCCAUCAUAAUACAUUAUUCACUGGAACAGUCUGUGUUUAGAUGUGUGUUAUUGCUUCUUCACAUGAGAACAACCCCUCCAAAAUCCCACUCAAUCUCAAGGAUUAAAAUAACCAUGGGAAACAGAAAAAUAGAAUAACUCGUAAGUGUUUUUGGUUUUCUUUUUCAUUCUGAACUCGACACUGCAAGUCUGCCCGGCUGUUUUUAGCUGUGGUUUCCUGUGAAUACUUGUGAUACUUUUAGUUGAACCGUCUGGAAUAACAGCAUAUGAUUUAGUCCCGGCUGAAAGGCGGAGCGAUUUUCCUGUGUUCACACCCUACUGUGAGUUUACAUAUGUAACUUCAAGCAUUCCUGCCUCCUGAGAGAUUUGCAGUGAAACAUUCUGAAACGUGGAGCACAAAAGGACAAAAUAUGGAAUUCCCAACUUGACUUAUUUCAGAGAUGAUGUUACACAUUCAAGAUGGGAUCCAUUACAGACAGAUUUCCAGUGAAAAUGCUUUAUCAACACCUGCGCUCCCAGCAAGUGUUGUGUUCUCUGAACGUUGGACAAGCGAGGAUUUGUUUAUCUGGAAAGAGUCGAGCAGGUCAGUCAAACCAAACCUGACAAUCAUCUCAGCUCAUCCAAACAAUCUAACGCACAUGUUCAUGCAGUCUUCCUCCAAAAACCUCAAACUUCGUCAAGCACGUCGCAAACGUAUAAUAAAAGAACUUUGUCAAGCCAACAGCAGUUUGAUUUUCCCUGGAAAAUUUAGGACAUUUGACCAAAUUCCAAGCAAAGAGCUGGACCAUCUCAUUGUGGACGAUCGUCACGGUGUGAUUUACUGUUUUGUACCCAAGGUAGCUUGUACCAACUGGAAACGAAUCAUGAUUGUGCUCAGCCAGAAGCUGAAGGCACCUGAUGGAGCUCCAUAUCUGGAUCCCCUUGACAUACCUUCAGCUUUAUCCCAUAAUGCUACUGUGCAUUUGACAUUUAACAAGUUUUGGAGGCUUUUUGGUCAUUUUUCACGUCCUCUGAUGCAUCACAAGCUGAAGAACUACACUAAGUUCCUCUUUGUACGGGAUCCUUUUGUACGACUGAUUUCUGCUUUCCGGAACAAGUUUGCUCUGCCAAAUGAGGAUUUCUACAAACAGUUCGGCUCCACAAUGCUUCAGCGUUAUGCUAAUAUUUCUCAGCCCCCCACUUCGGCUCAAGAGGCCUUCAGUGCAGGCAUCAGACUGUCCUUUACUCACUUCAUUAAGUAUCUGUUAGAUCCACAGACUGAGAAGGAGAAGCCGUUCAAUGAGCAUUGGCAGCAGAUGCACAGACUUUGCCAUCCAUGCCAAAUUGACUAUGACUUUGUUGGGAAACUAGAAACUCUUCAUGAGGACACAGAACAUUUGCUGAAGAUUCUUGGACUCAGUAAUCAGAUUCGUUUCCCCCCAGGGUACCGUAAUAGGACGGCUGUAAAAUGGGAGCGGGAAUGGUUUGCAAACGUUUCAGUAGCAGACAGGAGAAAACUUUACAGUCUCUAUGAAGCAGAUUUCAGAUUGUUUGGAUACAACAAACCUGAAACGCUUUUCUAAUGCUGUUGAAAAUAAAGGUUCCAAAAGGGGGUUAUUACAGGAGUGCAACAGAAGAACCAUUUGGGUUCCUAAAAACUUACAGUAAACAUAAGAACUAAUUUGUGCAUUUUUUUAUUUCCACAAUAAAGAAUCUUUCACAUUUGGAAUUUAAGAGUUCCACAUGGAUAACUAAUUCAUUUAUUUUCCUUCGGCUUAUGCCGAGUUCGGACUGUACGAUUUUCAAAGCAGUGGCGUCACAGAUGUUUUCACACUGCAUGACUAUCUGGGCUCGCGUUUCGUUGCUGCUUUGUUUACAUUGUAGAAUGGAUUGGGGACAGGGGGUUUUACACUGCAUGAGUUCAAAAUAGGAAGAAUCGCCGACAACUUUGUCUAAACUACGUCUCACAACCAAACACACUCGAGAAGUGACAUGGAAACAACGCGAGGUCACGCAGGAUAUUUUGUUAUUGAUUACAUAAUCGGAAAGAAGCCUUUAGUGGGGUAGAAAAUGUACUUAUUUUGCUCACCUGACCUUUGAAGGGAAUUAUCAAUUUUUCCUCAACUUUUUUCUGUUUCGACCCGGUCGUGGUAUUGCUCCGAUGACACGUCAAACAGACACGGGUGCAUCAGCCAAAUUUACUCAAAUUUUUCCUCCAUUUCUUGGGCCAAAUAGAUUGAAAAGAAGCUCUUUUAAUUUCUCCUCCAACCACCACUGGCCUGCAGAUAGCCAUACUUGUGAAUGCUGCUCUCUCAUUGGCUGUAGGUAAUUAUAAUUGCCUUAUUUUCAAUCAGAACACAUUUUACUUACUCUUAGAUCGUGUCUUUGACAGUUCACACUAUGUAAUUGUUACUCACAUGAACGAGCACCGAUUUGCUUGUAAUUUCACCCGUUUGUCUGCGAUUUCUAAAAUCCUGUCAAAAUCAGGACUAAAAUCAUGCAGUCUGAACUCAACAUUAGUCUCUAUUUCAGAGGUCACCACAGGGGAAUGAAACACCACC